UCUCCGUCAGUUCCGCAGAGUUCGGUUAAACCGGAAAUGGGUUCUUUGAGCAGAGCUUCAAAGUCUCUGAAAUCAUCCAAGUACUUCUCUCUCUUCCAUUAUUCGUCCAAACUCGGUUCAUUUGGAAGCAACCCAUUUCUUGGUCGGUUCAAUUCUCAUCGUAUUGGAUUGAGCCAAUCUUUCUGUUCUAAUUCUCGCCAAAACAGCGUAGAAAAUGGCAUAGAUUUGAGCCAGUACCCUCCCGAAAGGAUUAGGAACUUCUCCAUAAUCGCCCACAUCGAUCAUGGCAAGUCUACUCUCGCUGACAGGCUUUUGGAGCUCACUGGGACCAUCAAAAGAGGCCGUGGUCAGCCUCAGUACCUCGACAAAUUGCAGGUAGAGAGAGAAAGAGGGAUUACUGUAAAAGCCCAGACGGCAACCAUGUUCCACAAGCACAAUUUUCAUGGUGUAGAUAGAAGUAAUGAGCAAGGAGAACCGAGUUUUUUACUUAAUCUCAUUGACACGCCUGGUCAUGUGGAUUUUAGCUAUGAAGUUUCAAGAUCACUAGCAGCUUGCCAAGGAGCCCUUUUGGUCGUAGAUGCUGCUCAGGGUGUUCAAGCACAAACUGUGGCCAACUUUUAUCUUGCCUUUGAGUCUAACUUGACAAUAAUUCCGGUCAUAAACAAAAUUGACCAGCCAACGGCUGACCCUGAUCGUGUUAAGGCUCAAAUAAAGUCCAUGUUUGAUCUUGACCCUGCGGAUGCUCUUUUAACAUCUGCAAAAACCGGGCAGGGUCUUGAGCAAGUCCUCCCUGCGGUAAUAGAGCACAUACCACCUCCUCCUGGGAAGAGCGGUUCGCCUUUGCGAAUGCUUUUGUUGGAUUCCUACUAUGAUGAAUACAAAGGAGUGAUAUGCCAUGUUGCGGUUGUUGACGGCGUGCUGCGUAAGGGGGACAAGAUUUCAUCUGCCGCUACCAACCAAUCUUAUGAUGUUUUGGAUGUUGGGAUCAUGCAUCCGGAACUCACUCCUACAGGAGUCCUUCUAACAGGACAAGUGGGGUAUGUUGUCAGUGGUAUGCGUUCGACCAAAGAGGCGCGAGUUGGAGACACCCUUUUUCAUACUCGUAGUGUCGUCGAGCGUCUUCCUGGAUUCAAGCCUGUAAAACAUAUGGUGUUCUCUGGUCUUUACCCUGCUGAUGGAUCGGAUUUUGAGGCACUUAACAGUGCAAUAGAGAGACUGACAUGUAACGAUGCCAGUGUCUCCAUUGCUAAAGAAAGUAGCACGGCACUAGGUCUGGGUUUCAGGUGUGGUUUCUUAGGCUUGCUUCACAUGGAUGUUUUCCAUCAGCGACUUGAACAGGAAUAUGGAGCUCACAUUAUUUCUACUGUUCCAACCGUUCCUUACAUUUUUGAGUAUGCUGAUGGGAGCAAAAUGCAAGUUCAAAAUCCAGCCGCGUUGCCCUCAAAUCCUAAGCAACGAGUGGUAGCUUCUUGGGAACCUACAGUAAUAGCUACAAUCAUUAUUCCUAGUGAGUAUGUGGGGCCUAUUAUCACCCUCUGCUCUGAGCGGAGAGGCCAGCAGUUGGAAUAUACAUUUAUUGACAGCCAACGAGUUUUUAUGAAAUAUCGCUUACCUUUGAGGGAAAUCGUUGUCGACUUUUACAAUGAAUUGAAGAGUUUAACAUCAGGCUAUGCAUCAUUCGACUACGAGGACUCAGAAUAUCAACAGUCUGAUUUGGUGAAACUUGAUAUCCUUUUGAAUGGACACUCAGUUGAUGCAAUGGCAUCCAUUGUUCAUAGUUUGAAGGCUCAACGUGUUGGUCGUGAACAGGUGGAGAAACUGAAGAAAUUCAUAGACAGGCAAAUGUUUGAGAUAAACAUACAAGCUUCCAUAGGAUCAAAGAUUAUUGCAAGGGAAACGAUUUCUGCCUUGAGGAAAAAUGUUCUUGCUAAGUGCUAUGGUGGGGAUGUUACUCGGAAGAAGAAGCUGUUGGAGAAGCAAAAGGAAGGAAAGAAGCGAAUGAAGCGCAUUGGGUCUGUCGAUAUACCCCAAGAAGCAUUUCAUGAAUUGCUCAAGGUUUCAUAGACAAGAAUGACUGGAAAAUCAUACUUAUAUUCCCCUUAUGCUCAGCAUCCAAAUGAUAUGCUUUUUUUGAGAUUUUCGGAGAAAGUCUUUUGGCAAAGCUUUCGUCGUGGUGGGGAUGUUACAAUGGGAUAGAAGCUAUUGGAAUAGCAGAGGCAGUGCACUUGCUCUUAUGGGCUGUCCAAGAUUUGUCUUAAGAGGGAAAAGAAUGAAGACUUUACAUGUUGUCAUCGAUGAUUCUUUGGUUAUAUCGUCAUGGAUUUUUUUUUCUUUUUUUUUUUUUCAUUACUAAAUGAGAACCAACAGCGGUAGAGGAUUUCUUAGCAAAAGAACAACGGAAGAGGAUUCUGUAUAUAAAAGUGUAACCGAGUUUUGUUCACUGGAGAACAGAAGGGAACGUUUUCGUUGUGUACUUGACGGUAUAAAUUAUUGUCAAGAAAAUAAAACAAAAUUCUUU